ACGGCAUAUUCUCGCCCAAUCUCUCGCGCUCUCCUCCUUUCCCAGUUGAGUUUUUCCGGAGAAAUAUUUCUCUGCCAAAUUGCGUCCGUGCAUUUUCUCCAACUCUUGAUACGAAGAUCUCCCAAGAUCCCAACUGGUUGUCUUAUCCCUUCUGAUUCCCGGAUUCCUUCCAUUCCAUUCUUUUUUCAAGUUCAAUUUUUCUGUUUGUAUUUGGUGUGUCCGUCCUGAUGGUAGUGAAGAUGAUGAGGUGGCGGCCAUGGCCGCCCCUUCUUUACCGAAAGUAUGAGGUGAGACUCAUCGUGAGGAGGUUGGAGGGUUGCGAUCUGCUGCGGGAGAGUGCGGAGAAGGGGACUACUGAAACUAGAUUGACUGUCGAAAUUAAGUGGAAGGGUCCUAAGUUAACCUUGGGCUCGUUGCGGCGCGCUUUGGUCAGAAACUUCACGAGGGAGGUGGACGGCGGUGCCCACAACGGCGUCUUUGACUGGGACGAGGAGUUUCAGAGUCUGUGCACUCUCUCGGCCUACAAGGACAAUGCCUUCCAUCCUUGGGAGAUCGCUUUCACCGUGUUUAAUGGAUUAAAUCAAAGGCCAAAGAACAAGAUUCCUGUUGUUGGAACGGCAUCACUGAAUCUUGCUGAAUUUGCAUCAGCAGCUGACCAGAAAAACUUUGAUUUAAACAUCCCACUCACGCUUCCUGGGGGUUCUGUUGAACCCUGUCCUGUGCUUUGCGUCUCAGUUAACUUAGUGGAGCUAAGAGCUGCUCAAGAAAGUAUGGAUCAAGUUCAGAGAAGUAUAAUUCCUGUUCCGUCUCCAUCCCAGUCAGGGGAAACUGCCUUGGGAGAGAAAGAUGAGCUUUCUGCAAUCAAAGCUGGUCUUAGAAAAGUAAAGAUUUUCACAGAGUAUGUGUCCGCUCGGAAAGCAAAAAAGGCAUGCCAUGAGGAAGAGGGCAGUGAAGGCAGAUGCUCUGCCAGGAGUGAGGAUGGUGAGUGCAAUUAUUCUUUUGACUCUGACUCACUUGAUGAUUAUGGAGAAGGAGAUUCGGAUGAGGGAAAGGAAGAUAGCAGCAUGAGAAAGUCAUUCAGUUAUGGAAAACUGGCCUAUGCUAAUGCUGGAGGGACCUUUUACUCCAGCUUGAGGGUAAAUGAUGAUGAUGAGGACUGGGUUUACUACAGCAAUGGCAAGUCAGAUGUGGGGUGCUUGCAGAUGGAGGAUUUAUCAGGGACAUCUUCUGAGCCUUCUCUUUUACCAAGUUCAAAACGUAGCAUAUUGCCCUGGAGGAAGAGAAAGUUGAGUUUCAGAUCACCCAAAGCUAAGGGAGAGCCUUUGUUGAAGAAGGCCUAUGCAGAAGAAGGUGGUGAUGAUAUAGAUUUUGAUCGUCGCCAACUUAGUUCUGACGAAUCCAUCACACCUGGGCUGUACAAGACUGAAGAUGACUCGUGUGCAAAUCGAUCUUCAGUCUCUGAAUUUGGGGAUGAUAAUUUUGCCAUUGGGACUUGGGAGCAAAAAGAAGUAACAAGUCGUGAUGGUCACAUGAAGCUUCUGACUCAGGUCUUCUUUGCCUCGAUUGAUCAGCGCAGUGAACGUGCUGCUGGUGAGAGUGCUUGCACAGCUCUUGUUGCUGUAAUUGCUGACUGGUUUCAAAACAAUCCUGAUCUCAUGCCCAUAAAGUCCCAGUUUGAUAGUCUAAUUCGAGAAGGUUCCUUAGAAUGGAGAAACUUGUGCGAAAAUGAGACCUAUAGGGAGCGGUUUCCGGACAAACACUUUGAUCUGGAAACAGUCAUUCAAGCCAGAAUACGCCAUCUUUCUGUGAUUCCUGGGAAAUCAUUCAUUGGUUUCUUCCAUCCAGAAGGAAUGGAUGAGGAUAGAUUUGACUUUCUGCAUGGUGCCAUGUCUUUUGAUAACAUUUGGGAUGAGAUUAGUCGUGCAGAGCAGGAGUGCCCUAGCAAGGCUGAACCCCGUGUUUAUAUUGUGAGUUGGAAUGACCAUUUUUUCAUCCUCAGAGUAGAAUCAGAUGCUUAUUACAUCAUUGACACUUUAGGGGAGAGGCUUUAUGAAGGAUGCAAUCAGGCGUAUAUAUUAAAAUUUGAUGACAGCACAGUAAUAAAGAAACUGAAAAAUGUUUCCCAGUCAUCAGAUGAGCAAACAACCAGUGAUAAACAAACUGCUGCAGUAGCAUCAGAGCGCAAUAGCAGGCAGGACCAACAAGUCAACACUAAGGAGGUAGAUUCCGGUGUGGAAACAGAAGAGCAGUUGAAGGAUGAGCAGGAAGAGGAGCUUGUAUGCCAAGGGAAGGAAGCUUGCAAAGAGUACAUUAAAAGCUUCUUGGCUGCAAUUCCUAUCAGGGAGUUACAAGCUGAUGUUAAGAAAGGCUUAAUAUCAUCAACACCGCUUCAUCACAGGUUGCAAAUUGAGUUCCACUUCACCCAGUUGUUACCAUCACAUUCUGCAACAACUCCGCUGACCCAAGCAUUCAUGGCUGCACCUCAGAAUCUUGCCCUUUCGGUGACUGAGGUUCUGGCAUAAAUGUUAAUUGAUAUCAAACCAAGUGCGUCACGGUUGUUUGUCCGGAAUUCUUUGUUUCCGGUUUUGAAGUGAAAUUAACUAAAGGAAAGUCUAACAGUGAGCUAAGUUAAUGUUUGUAAUUGUUCGUGGGCGCUUGCUUCUUGUUUUUCCCUCUGUCCGUUUCCUUUUUUCCCCCUUGAGGAGGAUAUCAUGUAAAUGUCUCGUAAUUCCCUUUCUAAGUAAGCGCAAACUUUUGGUACCUAACAUGUAAUUUUGGGAAGGUUCUGCUCAUGAAUGGUUUAUAAAGCUUUUUGCAGACUUUUCAUAGCACUCUGAUGUAAGGUUUUUAUUUCUUAUCCGUUGCUUUUCGGAA